AUGUGCUCUUCUCGACGCUCGAUGGAAGGGGCUUCGACGGGCAGCAGAGAGUCUCAAUCUGCCAAGGUGACUGCAUCACCCAGACUCGAAUUCCCUUAUGCAUGCAGAGCUAAGCUGAAGUUCGAAGUCGCUGGGAUGAAUGAGAACACCAUCCCUUACAAAAUUGGUCUGUCGACACGUUUUGGAUAUUCCUCUCUACAUGCAGCCCUGGUUACCACAUGCAGAGAUAUCCUAACGGAGAUGGUCACGCACAAUCUCAUAAGCCAAGAAAAGUCGAAUAAUGGCACGCUAUGUCUGUCCUGGAUUUAA